GCCGGUGGGCUCUGUUUUCGUUUCCUUCAGCCUCGGCUGUGGCGUGAACAUGGAGACGCGUCGCUCUCUACUUGGCCGCCUCCUGGGUCCGCUCUGCUGUGGGCUCCUCCUUUUCGUCUUCAUGCUCCUCGACGGCUCCGCUUCGUCAGAGAUGUAUACGGUCGAUGUAGAAGUGAAGGAUGACUCCAACUCCACAUGUCUCUACGCAAGAUGGAUGAUGAACUUCUCAAUAAAGUAUGAAUCCAAUGUUAGUGAAUAUAGAAACAAGGCCUUUACACUCCCAGAAAAUGUGAGUUAUGAUGGAAGCACUUGUGGUAAUAAAACCAGUGGCCCUCUGCUAGCAAUAGAGUUUGGAGCAGGAAAUUUCUGGAGUAUCAACUUUGCGAAAACAGAUGAUACUUACCAAGGAAACAUCACCUUUAUCUACAAUACCAAUGAUGUGGAACUAUUUCCAGAUGCCAAAAGGAAAGGGCCAAUUGUUACCUCGGCAAUGUAUCCGGUGCAUCCAAUUAAAUUGCAUACAGCGUACAUCUGUCAUCAUGUGGAUUCUGUUAAAACUGGUAAUGUCACAAAUGACCUCUGGAAUGUCAGUCUUCAGGCUUUCCUUCACAAUGGCUCUUUAAGUACACAAUAUACUCAUUGUGAUGAAGAUGUUGCCGCUUCUGCUGUUGAACAUGCUGCCAAAGUUUCUGUUGCAGCCACAACUGUUUCUACUACAACCACAACAACCACAACUACGACAACCACUACUGUGCCUACGACAACCACUACUGUGCCUACGACAACCACUACUGUGCCUACGACAACCACUACUGUGCCUGCAACAACAACCUCUACUACCACCACUACUUCUACUACAACUGUCUCUACUACCACCACCACCACAACAACAACAACUACAGCUGCUACUGUUGAAACAACAGUUUUGUCACCUGCUCCUCUGCCCACUGCCGAAGCAGAGGAGAAACCUGUCACGGGAAAUUACUCGGUCAGCAUUGGUACCACAGCCUGUCUCCUAGCAAGCAUGGGACUGCAGCUGAACAUCUCCAAAGAACAGAGCCCUUGGAUUAUUAAUAUUCAUCCAAACACUACUGAAGCUACUGGUAGCUGUGGUAAAAGCUUUGCAGACCUCAAGCUGAAUGACAGUGACAGCAUAAUUAUUGAUUUCUUCUUUGCAGUUAAAAACACAAGCUUGGAAACAUUCUACCUGAAAGGGGUGAACAUCACUGUUGUUCGUCCUGCCAAUGGCUCUCUUCAUGCUGUGAACAAUCAUCUCAAUUUGUGGGAUGCCUCCGUGGGCAGUUCGUACAUGUGCAGGAAAGAAGAGACUAUUGUCGUGGUGGAGGGAUAUCGAAUAAAAAUCUUUGACCUAAGGGUUCAGCCAUUCGAUGUAAAAGAAAACAAAUACUCUACAGCUGAAGACUGCAGCCCAGAGGUGGACAACUUCUUUGUGCCUAUUGUGGUGGCAGCAGCCCUGGCGGGAUUAGUGUGUCUGAUUUUCAUGGCUUAUUUUGUUGGUCGCCGAAAACAUCGUGGCAAUGGCUAUGAGCAGUUUUAAAAACAGGAGGCACUCCAGGCUGAACACUUUCCUCUGUCAACCUGCUGAGGACUAUUUUGCACCUGCAGAGUUUUCCAUUCUUAUGUAUGAGGUUUUUUUAAAAAGAUGCACAUGGACACGUGUGGAUCCAAAGGGAAAACAACUGGUGCAUAUUGAGUUGUCAUCUCAUAUGAAUAGGUUUGCGACUGUUUUGUGUUGAAUUGCAGGAGACUGGUCUUAGCCCAAAUAUGCUAUUUUCAACAGCAGAUCACUGCAGCACCAAAACACCAUGGUUUGGUAAGAGCAGCUGCAGAUGUCCCUGUUCUUUGAAGCCUAGUGCAGAGUUUGGGCUGGCUCCUUGAAAACCAUGACUUGCACAUUUUGGAAGCCAGCUUUGUGAAUGCUUGCUUACCUCCUCUCCCCUGGAAGGUAGUUCCACCCCACGUUGCCUCCCAGUGUUAAGAGUUUCACUUAGCACCCCAAGCCAUGGUUACCAGGGAACCUGCUUUGUCCUAACUGUCGUUUACAUUGACACAUGUGCGAUGUGCAGUUGGUGGAGGGAGAGGGAAAUUGUUCCAGAGAGAAGAAAAGAAUCCACGUUCCCAAAGCCGUGUCCCAGUUUGCAGGCCAUGGCCUGUAUAGAGAGACAGUUGUGUCUGCUCCAGCCUAAAACCCAAGUAAGCAAAUGGGUCUUCAUCUUGUUUGAAUCUGAUAUGUAGAAAUAUGGACUAGUUUGAGGAACUGUUUGAAUGCUGGGUGCUAAAACGUUAUUCUGACUGGUGGGAGAUAGGAGAUAUGCUCUGCUUAUGCUUGUCUUCCACAGGAAAAGAGGUAUGUGCUCAAAAUGUUAGAUUUGUGGAGCAGAUGUGUAUGGAUGUGUAAGCUAUUCCAGUUGGCAAAGACUGGGAGCAUGACUUAUGGGUAUUCUCCCACUGCACCUCCCUUCGUGUAUGUGAGUACUUCAUUCUCUGAAUGUUGUGCUAAGCCUAGAGAGUACCAGUGUGAAUACCUGGAGUGGUCCUCAUUCUCAUGGGAUGUUUUACCUGCUGCCACUAUAUAAAUAGAGUGCUGGAGCUUUGUUUGAAUGGUUUGUGAACAACAGCCUUAUUGUAUUAUGCCUUAUUACAAGAUGUCUCUAAUAAUGUAUGUAUAUAAUUGCCUAUUUGAAUCAUUUGAUUAUUUUUUUUGGCUGAAUCUAAUUCCACACCCUUGUGUCCCACUUAAUAAAAGAGUCGUUUUGGGAUCCAUUGGGUGAGGCAGAACUGAAGUUUUAAAUGAAAAUUAAAACAGCAAUGUCAGUUAGUCCUUUUGGACAACUGUUAUAAAAAACCCCUCAGUUCUCUACUCUAAAUGUGCCUUUGGGUUGUCACUAAAGCAGUGUGACAGUUGCCAUACAUACAUUGUUUUAACAUAUGUUGUAAACGUUGCCUUCUACCACGAACGCCUGAAUCUGUACCAAAAAUGAAGAAAUGAGUGAUAUUCUGGAUUGUGGAUGCUGCCCUUAGGAGCAUGCGUCUCCAGUCCACCAUGCUCCAAAAGUUAACAAUGCAAUAAUAAACUUCCUCACUUAAACACA